CAGCAGUCUCCGCACCGUGAGCAUCGCUCGCCCGAACCGCGUUCGCUCUUCGCUCGCCACCUCGUCGUCGUUCGUUUUGGUCGUCGGUCGUCGAUAAAACCGAAUCGCAACGGAACGCAACACGCAACGGAUUGCAAUCGUCGGGUUGCCGUCGCCUUUUUUGGAUACGAGAUAUACAAGAUACGAGAUACUCUCAGCCUCAGCAAAUCCAACAGAUACGCGCGCGCCUGAUCCCGAGUGUUCUGUGAACCGAAACUCCAGCAAAGAAAUAAAUAAAUUAUAUAAAUUAUAUAUACCAAGUGCCUUAGAUAUAACCAUACAAUCCUGCUUUGCUCAAAUGCCCGAAACUUCAACUAGAGUUCGGUUUUGAAAAAUAUUUGAAAAAUAUUAAACCCCAAACCCAAAGCCGAACCCAAUACCCCCAAUCUCGAGUGUGCUUCGCCGAGUGUCCUGUCAGCCAAAUAUAUGGUAAUGGCAGAGAUUGGUGGCCAUUUGGCUCACCAGCUACCGUUGCACAAUCACAAUCACAACCACAACCACAAUCAAACUGGAUUACAGCCAUCGCUGGUGAUGAACCAUCACCUGGAUUUGGAUUGUCAUGGACACGAUGUGAUAAAAAAACAACGCCUGUCGCAUUGCGUUGGUUGUGGCGGCCAAAUACACGAUCAGUAUAUCUUGCGCGUUGCCCCCGAUCUCGAGUGGCAUGCGGCGUGUCUGAAGUGCCAGGAGUGCAGGCAAUUCCUGGACGAGAGCUGUACGUGUUUCGUGCGCGAUGGCAAAACCUACUGCAAGCGUGAUUAUGUUAGAUUAUUUGGUACAAAAUGUGAUAAAUGCGGCAACUCCUUCAGCAAAAAUGAUUUUGUGAUGCGGGCCAAAACGAAAAUCUUUCACAUCGAGUGCUUUCGCUGCUCGGCGUGUGCGCGGCAAUUGCUGCCAGGUGAUGAGUUCGCGUUACGCGAUGCCGGAGCUUUAUACUGCAAGGAGGAUCAUGAUGUUCUCGAGAAAUCCUCCCAGAGCAGCCUCACCUCCUCCUCGGUGGAGAGCAACAACAAUAUUAGCAGUAGUAACAACAACAAUACCAACCUUAGCAACAACAACCAUUCCAGCGAAUUGGGUUCAAUGUCAGAUUCUGGCAGCGAAUCGGGCUCACACAAAAGUAUUAGGGAAAAGCGACCCUCGGGUCCCUCGGAUGGCAAGCCAACGCGAGUUCGGACCGUGCUCAAUGAGAAGCAGCUGCAUACGCUCAGAACCUGUUACAAUGCUAAUCCGCGACCUGAUGCGCUCAUGAAGGAGCAGCUGGUGGAGAUGACGGGUCUCUCGCCCCGCGUCAUCCGCGUCUGGUUCCAGAACAAGCGCUGCAAGGACAAGAAAAAGACCAUCCAGAUGAAACUGCAAAUGCAGCAGGAGAAGGAGGGUCGCAAGCUGGGCUAUGGCGCCAUGCAGGGCAUACCCAUGAUUGCCAGCUCGCCGGUGCGACACGACUCCCCACUGAAUCUGCAGGGUCUCGACGUGCAGACAUAUCAACCGCCGUGGAAAGCCUUAAGCGACUUCGCCCUGCACGCCGAUCUCGACAGCAAUGGGGCGAUCAAUACGCACACGCCCGCAUUUCAGCAGCUGGUCAAUCAGAUGCACGGCUAUGACCUGAAUGGGAUGCCUGUACUACCCCCGCAUCCGCAUGCCCACCCAGCGCAAGGACCGCCCCAUCAGCAUCCGCCGCCUCCAGGUGGACCGCACAAUCACCAGAAUCCCCAGCAGAAUCCACAGCAGCAACAGCAGGGACCCGGGGGCAGCAGCCUGGACUCUGGCAUAACGUCGCACCAUCAUCCGGACAGCACCGACUCCUACGUGACCUACCUGGAGAGCGAUGACAAAUCCAAACUGGCGCUGACCCCGUCGUCCUCAUCCUCGGCCUCGGCGGGCACUUCGAUCUCCUCGCCGCCAUCGGGCGGCGGAGCUGGGGGCGCAGGAGGCUUGGGUCUGGGCGUGGGCGUAGGUCUGGGCCUAGGGCUGGGUGUCGGUGUGGUGGCCGCCAAUCAGUCGGCCACCGAGCAGCUCAUGCAGAUGCUCCAGAAAGUCACGGGCUCGGCAUCCCCCGCCCCACAUGCCGUGCUUUAGGGAGGGUAAAACAUACUGGGGAUAUUGGCAGGUUACAGUCGAACUUUGCUAAUGAGAAUAAGGUUUAUUUCAAUAAAAAUAAUGAGAAAAUUCUAGAGUAGCUCGGGAAGCUCUAAAGAAAAUUAGUACAUUUUUUAAUAAUAUUUUAAAAGUUUUUAAAGAGUUUUUACAAAUUUUUUAGAGUUUAUUUAUUUUAUAUCUUACAAAAAUUAUUUAAAUUUCAUUCAAAAGAAGUUAUCAAGUGAAAAUCAUUACAACAAAAUUUCAAAAUUAAUAUUCUUUUACAUUUUACAAUAUUUAAAGUAUAAAAACUAAAGUUUAACUAAUUUAAAUGCCCUUCAAGUUAGCAAAGUUCGACUGUAAAUUUGGGUUUUGUGCAAUCGUUUUUGCCCCUGUUUUAUUUUAUAUUCUACUCACUCUCUCACCCCGCUAAUUUGUAAUUCUAAUCUCUUGUAAUGUAUAAAUUUUAAUUUUAAUUUGUGUUUGAUUCGGUGCCAAAAAAUAGUCUGUAGGCCGUUGGCAUUUUUAUAUUCCGAAGUAUAAAAUCUUGGCUCACAUUUUGUUACACCAUUUGUUGUUUGUUGAGUUGGGAAAAAAGAGAUAUAAAUAUAAAUUGAAAGAAAGAGGAAAAUUUAAGAAAAAAUGCUCACACACUUGAAAAGUUUUAACAAUAAUUUUUGCCCCUAAAAAGUCGAAACAAAAAUUAUAAUAAAAAGCAGAACCAGAACACGUUACUUCGCAUCAAGUAGGGAAUUUCAUUAAGCAUCAAUUUGUAAAUAACUUUUAUAAAUAUAAAUAUAUAUAUAAAAACAAAAACUAUAAACAAAUAUAUAUAUUUUCAUUCAAAAUGCAAAAAAAAAAAGAAGAGAAAAGUGACUCGUGUGUAUUAUAUGUGGAGGAGUAGAAAUAAACCCUAAAAAAAGCACUUGGCAAAAAAAAAAACUUGUAAAUCGAAUUAACAAUUUAAGUUCCAUAAAUGGUAUGGCAAAAAAAAACACAAAAAAAAACACAAAAUAAUUAUAAAUAAAUAAAUGCAAAAACAAACUUAAAAAAAAGCAAAGUGAGAAAGAAAAACUGUAACUAAAAUCUAGACUUAUUUGUUAGUUUUUAAACAUUUCCGAAAAUGCAUUAUAAAAAGCGGGAAAAUAAGGGGAAAAGGAGGAAUAGAAGACCGAGUGAUGGCGAAAAAUGUACCAAGGAUGUUUAUAUAAAUUGUUUCGUAAAACAACCUAAUGUAUUUUCAAUAAUAUUUAACUAAUAUUAAUAAUAAACAGUGCAUAAGUAAUUUUAGUAACUAUAGAAAAUGUUUAAAUGAAAUUACAAACGAAAAUAAAACCACAAAAGCAAAAAAAUAAAAAAAAAA